AAAUUAGGGAAGUUCAAGUGAGACGGCCUUUGUUAAGAUAACACGUGUAGACUUUCCGCAAGAUCCUAAACGAAGAUCUUUCAAGAUAGAAAGGGUGACGCGUUAAGAGAUUUGGGAACGGAGCUUCUCUGGGAGGCGAGUUUUGCAGUCUCUGGCGCCCCCUAGUGUCUGUGAACAGUCUGCAGGGUAACUGAGCCAUCAUGAGUGACAAGGACCUAAUGGAGCUGCCCAUGAGCCAGGGCAAUUUCAAUGAGUUGUGGGAGGACAUAGCAUUUAGACAAUUGGUCAUGGAGCUGCCUCGAGCAAACAGUGAUGCUUGGCUUAGUGCUGCGCUGCCUGAUGGCCCAUUCACUGAGGGAUUUGAUCUGGAUCUCCCGAUAAACAAUGAUGGUGACGUUACACCUGCUGAGGAGGCACCAGUUGUUGAAAACCAACCCCCUUCUGCCAAUGUAGUCCCCACCACCACAGACUAUCCAGGCGAAUAUGGCUUCCAAUUAUGCUUUAAUCAGUCCAGCAUGACAAAAUCUGCUACAUCCACUUAUUCGCCAAUGCUGAAUAAGCUGUACUGCCAACUGGCCAAAACCUGCCCAGUGGAUGUGUUGGUUGGCAGAGAGCCACCUCCUGGAGCUUUGCUUAGAUUAACUGUGAUUUAUAAAAAAUCUGAGCAUGUUUCAGAGGUGGUAAUCCGCUGCCCGCACCACCAGAGCAUUGCUGAGAACAAUGAAGGUGUUUCUCAUCGCAGGCAUCUCGUGCGUGUGGAGGGCAGUCAGAGAGCCCAGUACCACGAGGACCUGCACACCAGGAGGCAUAGUGUCACGCUGCCCUACGAGUCCCCUCAGCUGGGUUCAGUAGGAACCACCAUACUGCUGAACUACAUGUGCAACACUAGUUGCAUGGGGGGCAUGAGUAGGAGGCCAAUCCUGACCAUCAUGACCCUGGAGACAUACGAUGGGCAGGUUCUUGGUCGGCAAUGUUUUGAGGUCCGGGUUUGUGCCUGCCCGGGCCGUGACCGCAAAACUGAGGAAGAGAAUCUAAAGAAGAUUACUGGGGAGAAGUCUACUGGGACAAAGAGAAAACAUCAGAUUCAGGAUCAGUUGAAAGAGCCGCAUCCUAUACCUGAUCCUGGAUCCAGUAAGAAGAGGAAGGCCGACUCCAGUACUGAUGACGAAAUUUACGUUCUACCUGUCCGGGGAAAGGACAGGUUUGAAAUGUUGAAGAAGAUCAAUAGUAGCUUAGAAUUGAUGGAUGUGAUGCCUGUGACAGAACAGGAAAAGUACAGGCAAAAACGAAAUGCCUCCAAGAACAAGCAACCUUGCAUUCAACCGAAGAGUGGCAAGAAACUGCUUUUGAAAGGAAAAAGUGAUUCUGAGUAAAACAUGUCUUGAAAAGUCAUGCUGUUACAUUUAAUUGCAUAUAAAUCCAACUGUAUUUAACUUUGGGUUACCAAAGUUGUGGUAAUCCUGUGAGAUUCAUCAUAUUUUUAAUUUUUUUAUUUAUAUUUGUACUCGCUGCCACAGUUUAAAAAUUGAUUGAAUUUUGUAUUUUUUUUUACAUGGCUGAUUUUUUUAAAAGUGUUUUUGUUUCUUAUAAUUCUUCCCCUCUUUAUUCGUUUAUGUUCAUGUUAAGACCUUCAAGUUUCACCAGAAUUUGCAUAUGUUUAUUCAAAGUUUCACUUCCUCGUUUUGUAUGUUAUUAUGUUUCAAGCUGAUUAGAUCGGAUGCAUGAAAUGGAAAAAACCUAACACAUCCUUUAGCACUGUACAAUGGACAUAAUAUAAAAUGAACGAAAGCAUUUGUUUGUAAUGGUUAUGAAAUAAUCUGCAGAGCAGAUAAAAUGGUGUAUAUUGGCUUCUUUUCAGUAUUUUCAAGGAUUCAGCCUAUACAUGGUCCCAGAAAGCAUCCAUAAUAUAUAACAAAGAUAACUAAGUGGCCAGACACCUUUCAGACAAAACCUUUCACAAAAAUACAUUUAUUUGGUUUUAAAUUGUAAUAUAAAACCAUAAACAUGACAAUCAGACAUUGACCGGGUUUGCCGAAUGUUGCAGUUAAAUUGUGUGCAUUUGUCCCAGAAAAUUGUUACAUAGUACCUAAAACAUUUUGGUUGUUAUUGAGAGCCUUGGACCACUCAUGAAUCCAAGGCUGACCUUCUGGUGUCCAGAUAAUGGUGUUUUUUUCUUUCUGUUUUGUAUAUGUUUUCCUAAAAAAUGCAUGCUUUAAAUCUUGAGAAAUAAUUUUCAACAGUGAGUACUGUAAUCAUUUAUAAAUAUUUCUCAACGGCAAGCAUCAUGGUCAAUGGUAUUGGAAACUAUUGGAACACCUAGCUGGGCAGCUAAUUGUAAUGUGUUUGGUUUAUUAUAAAUAAUAAAGCAAAGCAGUUUAAUAUUAACAGUUUUUAGUACCAUUUAACAUUACACUGAUAGGCUAUACUUUUGCUGCUAAAAUGUAUUCGGCUAUGUUCUUAUGUGCCGUGUAGUUUGGGCUUUUGAACUUAAAAUAAGAAAAUGUUAAGCAUGGAAUUAAAAACAAAUGUU